GCUUCUGAGAGCCUGACACAGAGGCGGAGCCUUGAAAGUGUGUGAGAGAAGUGGCAACCUCCCGUUCUCGCAGCCUCCUGUUAGACUGCCUGGAAUUAUUGCUGCCUCCGCCAUCUCCCAUGGCCUACAUCCCAGGUGGGGCUGCCCCUGCUGCUGGGGCAGCCCCUGUGGGCUCCCAGUACUGCGUGUGCAAGGUGGAGCUCUCGGUGAGUGGCCAGAACCUGCUGGACCGGGACGUCACCUCCAAGUCAGACCCCUUCUGUGUCCUCUUUACGGAGCACGAUGGCAGGUGGAUGGAGUACGACAGGACAGAAACAGCGAUCAACAACCUCAACCCUGCCUUCUCCACCAAGUUCGUCCUCGACUACCACUUCGAGGAGGUGCAGAAACUCAAGUUCGCCCUCUUCGACCAGGACAAGUCUAGCACCCAGCUGGAUGAGCACGACUUCCUGGGCCAGUUCUCCUGCAGCCUGGGCACGAUCGUUUCCAGCAAGAAGAUGACCCGGCCUUUGCUGCUUUUGAACGACAAGCCAGCCGGGAAGGGCUUGAUUACGAUAGCGGCCCAGGAGCUGUCAGACAACCGGGUCAUCACACUGAGCCUGGCCGGCAGGAAGCUGGAUAAGAAGGACCUCUUUGGGAAGUCAGACCCAUUUCUCGAGUUUUAUAAGCCGGGAGACGAUGGCAAGUGGAUGCUGGUCCACAGGACAGAGGUGAUCAAGUACACGCUGGACCCUGUGUGGAAACCUUUCACUGUGCCUCUGGUGUCCCUGUGUGAUGGGGACAUGGAGAAGCCCAUCCAGGUCAUGUGCUACGACUAUGACAACGACGGGGGCCAUGACUUCAUCGGCGAGUUCCAGACCUCCGUGUCACAGAUGUGUGCGGCUCGUGACGGCGUCCCGCUCGAGUUUGAGUGCAUUAACCCCAAGAAGCAGAGGAAGAAGAAGAACUAUAAAAACUCGGGUAUCAUCAUCCUGCGUUCCUGCAAGAUAAAUCGGGACUACUCCUUCCUGGACUACAUCCUGGGAGGCUGCCAACUCAUGUUCACUGUGGGGAUCGACUUCACAGCCUCCAACGGGAACCCCCUGGACCCUUCCUCCUUGCACUACAUCAACCCCAUGGGCACCAAUGAGUACCUGUCAGCCAUCUGGGCCGUCGGCCAGAUUAUUCAGGACUACGACAGUGAUAAGAUGUUUCCCGCGCUGGGGUUUGGAGCCCAGCUACCCCCAGACUGGAAGGUCUCGCAUGAGUUUGCCAUCAACUUCAACCCCACCAACCCCUUCUGCUCAGGUGUGGACGGCAUCGCCCAGGCAUACUCGGCUUGCCUGCCCCACAUCCGCUUCUACGGUCCCACCAACUUCUCCCCGAUCGUCAACCACGUGGCCCGGUUUGCAGCCCAGGCCACCCAGCAACAGACGGCCACGCAGUACUUCAUCCUCCUCCUCAUCACCGACGGCGUCAUCAGUGACAUGGAGGAGACGCGGCACGCCGUGGUGCAGGCAUCCAAGCUGCCCAUGUCCAUCAUCAUCGUGGGCGUGGGCAACGCUGACUUCGCGGCCAUGGAAUUCCUGGACGGGGACAGCCGCCGGCUGCGCUCCCACACGGGGGAGGAGGCUGCCCGCGACAUCGUGCAGUUCGUGCCCUUCCGGGAGUUCCGCAAUGCGGCAAAAGAGACCUUGGCCAAAGCCGUGCUGGCAGAGCUGCCCCAGCAAGUUGUUCAGUAUUUCAAGCAUCAGAACCUGGCCCCCACCCGCUCAGAGCUCGCCUGAGCACCAGCCCACCCGCAGCAGCAUGCCAGCCGAGCCGCCCGCCCCUGGACCGUGCACGUUCACCCUGCUCCCUCGUGGGUGGCCUUUUUAAACAGUUUUCCUUUUUUACAACUGGACCUCUGUCCUGACUCCCCCAGCCCAGCUGGGCUUCCUUCCCAGCCAGAUUGCUCCCCUCGCCUCCUGGCCCCGCCCCCCCUUAAGUAUUGAAUGUACUUUGUAUAAUUCUAGUGGAGUUAUAUUACUGUUACUAAAGAGAAUAAAGUUUUUACACUCUA